GUUCAUUUUAUUAACCAAAGCGCGGGCACCUGUCAGUGACGAUGAUGAUGACGAUGGCGGUCCAAUGGGUGGAGAUGAUGACGACGACGACGAUGAUAAUUUUGGUGGGGACGUUGACCAUGCUUUGUUUGGUGAAGGUUUCAUGGAGGGAGGACCUCUGUUUGAGGAUGCUCCAAUGGCUGAAGUCUCUAUGGUCUCUGAAGUUGCUCCCAUGGAUGCUCAUGCUAAACAAGUUGAGAAGAUCCAAGCUGUGGUCCAUGAUGAUGGUCCAGAGACCACAGGGGCUGGUGUGUCCACCAUGCCCAACCAGACCACACUAGUCCAGAAUGAGGAAGAGGCGUUUGCUCUGGAACCACUAGAUGUCACUAGUGUCCAUGGCACAGAGAAGAGAACAAAAAGGAAAAGAAAACUGAUCGUAGACGAACAGAAGUGUAUACAGAGUGAGACCAUGAAGUUACAGCUAUCUGAUGCGUCUGACAUCCUGACGACCCUUGACCUUGCCCCGCCCACCAAAAAGCUGAUGCACUGGAAGGAGACGGGAGGGGUGGAGAAGUUGUUUGCCUUGCCAGGGAGAGCACUACCCAGUAGGGUGAUAUCUAAGCUGUUCAACAAAAACCUGGUCACACAGCCAGUCACAGAAGAAGACCAGGAAGCUGGGGAGAAGAUUGAGCUGUCUGAGGAGCCGGAGGUGGCCAGAGAGGAGGAACAGCCAACCAUGGCACUGGAGGAGAUUUUGCCUCCACCAGAACAGGAAAGCACAAUCGUACCACAAGAAAAAUCUGUCACCGUGGAACCAGAGAAGAAACGCUCUCGAAAAGAAAAAGCAGCUGACAAGGAAAAUCGCCUGGAGAAGUCGUCCAUUUUGGACCAUCCUCCUGUCACACCAGGACCUGAGGAUAAUGAUGUUGGGUUGAUAGAUUUUCAGGACAAUGUUGAACUUCCCGUUGAUUUAGAUGGGCAGCCAGUGGAGGAGACGGCAGAACAAGAAGAGAUUCGAUGGAACAAGCGCUCUCUUCAAAUGCUCCAUUCACUUCAGACCUUACUAAAACGUACAGACAGUAUCAAAUUCCAGGAUGUCACCAAUCGCAAUAAUCGCAAACAGGCUGCGUCGAAGUUUUAUGCCCUCCUGGUGCUAAAGAAGCAGAACGCUGUGCAAGUGGCCCAGUCUGAGCCUUACACGUCGAUUCACAUAAGCAAAGGACCUCAAUUCACUGCAGUGUUUUAAUGGGGAGACCUGCCGUUAGAUUUUAUUUUAUGCUAUCAAUUCAGGAUGUGUAUGAAAGGAACUUGAUUGAUUUACAACUUGUGGGGAUACAAGACCUUUAUUUCAUUGCAGUUGUUGGGGGGGAAAAAGCAUUUGUUCCCGAUUAAUGCCUAAACAUCAGGGCAAGAAUUAACCAAGUUUGAAAAAGAAGAGUUUUCUUUGUCCUAUGUAGAGAAAAAUGGCUGAAAUGACUUCUUUUCAGAUCUACCCAUAUUCUUCAUGUUGGUGAUCUGACCAGUUCAUUACAAGUAUAAAUAUUGUACCAGCCGGCAAUGAGAGCUUUCUCUUUAGAUGGGGUUUCAGAAAGCACAGAAAUGAAAGUUAUUUCUAUUUUCAACCUAUUUAUUGUCGUCGGCUAACUGUUGGUAAACGGUUCAGCUGAAUUAGAGAGAGAUUUUGAUUAAAACCUUGACUGUUUAUGGGAGAGGACAUAUGAUUGGCUAAUAUUGAUACUCGACUUUGGCAGAUAGCUAUGCUGUAGAGGCCCGUCAUUAUACGAAAUUACCUUUUGGCCAGUUAGCAUUGCAUGAAGAGGAAUUUGCACACCCUAUAAAAUAUUUUUUCUUUAGCCAAAGUGAGUAUAUUGACAAUUUAUUUUCUGGAAUUAUUUCAAUUUUCUGUAUCCAAAGUGAGUUAAUUGUCUUCAUCAUUUAGCAAAACUUAAAUAUGCGAGCUCUGCAAGUGUUUAUUGAACAAGACUUCUCAUUGGUUAAAAUUUGCAGAGGAUUUUGUAGCCCAUAUUGAGAUGAUAUGGUGUUUGUGGUUGGUCAAAAUUGUCCAAAAUGGAUAUAAAUAUUAUUGUAGCUAAUUGUAAAUAAACCGCUUUAUGUCUAUUUUUUAUUCGGCAAACUUUUAUAAUUUUAAAAACCGGUAUCAUAUUUUGUCAAACAUUUUUAAUUAACCCUACUGUUAUAGAUUCAAAUAAAGUUCUAUUUGUAUCACCACUGUAAAAGCUGUACAAUUCCACGUGAUGUUUUAAUAUAAAAGGCUAGUUUCUGUCUUUAGUUCAUCUUUUGUAAACGUAGCUUUUUUUAUUUUACAGUGAAAA